AUGGCCCCCGUUACCUUCACUCAGGAGCAGCUCCAAAGCUUGCGUUCUCUUCCCGCCCCCGAAUACACAAUGGCAUCCCACAGCGCCCAGCAGACUCCUGCCACGGCUUCCACUGAGCUUUCUCAGACCGACUACUUCGGCCCGUCCUCCCAGAGCUCCUCUACCAACUCUUCGCGCACCUCCGCUGAGAUCCAGCGUCCGGCCGUCACCAGCGCUCCCCAGCAGCUCAAGGCCAAGAACCCCCUCCCUCCUCUGUCCCGCGACUUCCCCAAGCCCGCCGAGGACAUCAACGUCGCCGAGGCCCUUGCCCGCAAGCCCGGUCGCUGGACUAUCCAAGGCGCCGUCGCCGCCGAGAACGCGCGCAUCCGUCCCGUCGUUGACGAGGAAAAGGAGAAGGCCAAGCGUCUGCAGGCCCUCGCCGACGCAAAGAAGAACCUCUUCGCCGCCAGCGAGUCUCUCAAGACCAUCUCUCUGCCUCCUCGCAAGAACAACUUCUAA